CGUCAUGACGUCGUCCUGCGUGCCGUGCGGAUGUUCAGUAGCGUCGUAAUGUUGUUAUGUGGAUCUUAGAGACUAAAACAUCAGAGUUUUAUUGUUUGUGCGGAGAUUAAACUUCCGUCAGUCCGUCGAGGGGGCAGUCACACGGUCAGCUGCCCGGGACAGAGACGGUCAACCACCGGAUAAACUGCUGCUACUGCUGCGGGGAAAAUGUCUGCGGGCUCCGGGAGCAGAAACACGAACACGGAACCGUGGGGGAGCUUCGAUGACAACCUUAUCCAGGGUGGCGGCUCGGCGGUCAUCGACAUGGAGAACAUGGACGACACGUCGGGCUCCAGCUUCGAGGACAUGGGGGAGAUGCACCAGAGGAUGAAGGAGGAGGAGGAGGUGGCGGCGGAGGCGGCCGCCACCGAGGACGACAAUCCAGACGACGGGGAGUUUCUGGGCAUGAAGGGGAUAAAGGGUCAGCUGGGCCGACAGGUGGCCGACGAGGUGUGGCAGGCGGGGAAGCGUCAGGCCUCUAAAGCCUUUAACCUUUAUGCCAACAUCGACAUCCUGAGGCCGUACUUUGACGUGGAGCCGGUUCAGGUCCGCAGCAGGCUGAUCGAGUCCAUGAUACCUGUCCGCAUGAUCAACUUCCCCCAGAAGAUCGCAGGUGAGCUGUACGGUCCUCUGAUGCUGGUCUUUACUCUGGUGGCCAUCCUGCUGCACGGGAUGAAGACUUCAGGAACUGUCAUAAGGGAGGGGACUCUGAUGGGUACAGCUAUAGGAACGUGUUUCGGUUACUGGCUCGGCGUUUCCUCCUUCAUCUACUUCCUGGCGUACCUGGUCAACGCUCAGAUCACCAUGCUGCAAAUGCUGUCCCUGCUGGGUUACGGUUUGUUUGGUCACUGCGCCGUCCUCCUCAUCACCUACAACAUCCACUUCCACUUCCUGUUCUACGUCCUGUGGCUGCUGGUUGGAGGACUGUCCACCCUGCGUAUGGUGGCGGCUCUGCUGUCUCGUACGGUCGGACAGACGCCUCGUCUCCUCCUCUGUGGGACUCUGUCUCUGCUGCACAUGCUCUUCCUGCUCUACCUGCACUUCGCCUACCACAAGAUCGUAGAAGGGCUGCUGGACACUCUGGAAGGACCCAACCUGGCUCCCAUGCAGCGUGUGGCCAGAGACGUGCCUGAACUGACACUCAACGCCACAUUGAGGAACCUGGGGGCCUCACUGAGGGUCCACUGAGGCCCCCACUCUCUCAUAGACGCUGUCAGUCAUCUUUUAAAAGAAGAAAGUUUCUGUUUCACUAUAAAAGUUCAUUGGUGGGAAACCUAAAAUAACAGAAUGAUCACAACUCAGAGGUCCGAAUGGAAUCACAUCAGCAUGUGACAACUGAGCAGAUGAAGACCAUGACGGCUCCUGAAAAAGCUAAUAAGUGGCCUUUGAGUAGAGAUGAUUCUGUGUUAAUGUCCUCUGAAGAUGAAGCUUCAUGUUCAUGAAGUCAAACAUUUUCUCUCUCAGCUCUUGUACAUUUUUUAUUCAUUCUGUAACAUUUUGUUUUGGCUUUUGUGUUGUUCUCUUCAUGUUCAGAUGUAUUUAUAGUUUCUGUACAGAAACCCCGAGUAAACUUUAUGGACUUUG